UGUCGUCUUUGGUCGCUUUCCUCCUGCUUAUCGGGGCGAAGGGUGCGCGAAUACGAGAUCGGUUGGCCGUUAGCCAGUUCAAAUCAGCCACUCGGACGGAUCGGUUCGUGCGGAUUACACUGCUUGCGCACUACACUUCGCUGGGUUGGGUUCGGAUUACAGGCGCGCACAGCCAUCGGUACACUGCAAACGCCACCCGAGGGUGAGCGAGGGCUAGCAGGUUGACCUGCGCAGGAUAGGUGUGCAAAUUGAAUGUUGAGUGCUCGAGCUGGCGCCACCUGCCUGUGAACGCGCACCGUAAUCACGCAAAUCAUCGGACUCAAGGCGUCAUGGCAGCUGCUUGAUUCCACGAAUGGCAAUAACGGCCAUCGUACCAACGAGGGCGAACCCACCGUCGACGACGACGAUGAUAAUGGUGAUGCUGUCGAUGAUCGUGAUGGAGCUUCGCGGGCCCACGUCCAGCCCGUCAGUGUAGUCAGAGUGUUUCGCCAUAGCGCACCGUACUGUUGCCGCCGGUGUCGCACCCGCACCCGGGCAAGCGGAAAUAGGAGCCGCGGCUUUCAAGUUGGCCAAGUUGGUUAGCUGCCGGAACGUCACGCGCUAGCCGUAACGCGAUACGGCUGCGAACGAAGAUCUAUUUUUGGGGUGAAAAUCUAAACCAAAAAAGGGUCUUAACACAGCGGGUAAGGGAAUGUGGCGUUUGUCAAUGAGUGUUUAAAAUUCUGGUGUCCUGCGUUCUUGUACGUUCCUGCACUGAUUCCAUCUUCAAAAGGGGAAUGGAAAGGGAGAAGAGUGCCCGCAGGGAGUAGGAUCGCUGUCACGCGAGUCACGCGCCAUACGUGAUAUCUUCAUCAGUGCGCGAUUGAAGAAUUUAUAAUCUCCGCCAGCGAGGUUCAGUUCAGCUGCGCCUCGCCGCUCAUCUCCAAAGCCGGUCAUAUCUGAUGCGGAUCUUUAUCGUAUGCGCAAGUGGCAUGAACGGGUUCGUCCAACAAGUGUGCAAGUGAGAUACUGUAGCUGCUUAGAACGUGCAGAAGUGGUGCAGAGCGACGGGAAUUAAGCUGUGCUCGGAUAACUGUGUCACCGCGUCGGUGCAGGCCAUAUCUCUGCUCAGAAGCUCCAAAGUUGAAGACAGGCUGAUGCUCAAAAGGCAUGUGAAACGGAUCGCGAAGCAAAGUUUAGGUACACCCGUGCCCGUUGCUGCUGACCGGGUCUCCCGCGUCUCGGGCACUCGGGAUCGUGCCAAUCGAGGCAUUACGCGGAGUUUUGCAUAUCCAUUACGGCGGUACGGCCGAGCCGCAAUUAGGUUUGACACCCGGCCUCGGGUAAUUGCAGCCCAAACACACGAAACCGCUCGUACGUCAGUGCCGGACGUCGACCAAGCGUCCAAGUCGUCAUCGGAGGGCAUCGGGGUUUUAUGGCGCGCGUGACGCCGACCCUCGGUGACGCCGCCGCCGCCGCCGCCGCCGUACCGCGCACUGGGAAACGUGUGCAACCUCACCGACCGUUCAUGAUCGUGCCCCGUGCAACUCGACGGUAGCUCGCCAAGCUCAUUAAUGUUGGGCGUCGUAUUGAUCGUACCGGGCCAAUGAGGCGAAACUGAAGAGUCUUACCCGAAACAGAUAAGGCAGAGGAUCUCCAAAAAAGGAAGGAACAUUCCGCGUUUGAGUGCUCAGUGUGCGAAAGCGAAGCGUAUCGGCAGAUGCGCUCAGUGCCCAGUUGCAGCUUGUCCAGUGCGGACCGCAUAGUGUUUUUUCGUGUGGUGAUUUUAUUUUAUUAUUCCUAUCAUUUCGUUCGCUUCCACUGCUUAUUGCCGCCACAACAUUCAUCGCGGCAUUGGCGCGUACAUCCAGCGCCCAAAACCCAGCGCCGCCCUUUUUACACACCGUGCUCGCCACUUCCGGUUAGUGAUGAUCAGUUUUGAUUGAAUCAGUGCGAGAGCACCCAACGCGAUCUCUCGUUUGUGUGGUUCGUUUGCGUGUUGUUGGUUGAUUCGUAUAUUUUUUUUUUCUCUUUCGGUGCGCAUUAGAGUGAUCGGGUUGAUUAUUCCGUACGUUUGUUUGCUUUUCUGGUGUGUGUGUGUGUUCUUGAAUGAUUUUGUGUGUUACUGAACGGCUUACAAUGCGCCGUUUGUGGUGAGUGAUACGUUUGUGGUGUGGUUCAAUUCGUGUGCGCAUUAGUGCGAUCGUAAAAUCGCGAUCAUUUAGUGGAGGAAGCAAGAAGAAAAAAAAAACAACCCCGUAGCUCGUUUGCUACAUUAGUGAGCCGAUCCUACAGCGAAAGAUAUAAAAUCCCGGAGCAUUAGAAUAAACACGGUGUCGUCAGCAUGUCGGUACGCUGGGAGUCGCCUGAUGUUGGCCGCCGGCGGCGUUCCGGCGACAGUGUGGAUGAGUGCGAAAUGUUGAUGCGGCCAGAUGCUGCCACCGCGGUUGGCGACGAUGGCGAUCAUUCGCGAUCGCGGAACGGUAGUGCUAGUGGCCGGCAGGCGGAGCAUGCGGAUCGGAUCGCUUCCGGUGGUCGCUGUCCGGUGGCACGAGUGGACGUCGAGUUGAGCGAUGAAGAGGAUCCUGUGCCGGGGCGGGAUGAUACCGACGAGAUAGUGGUGUUGGACGAGGCGAGUGAACGACUGCUGGGGAAAUGGAAUGGAAACGCCAAAGUGAAGAUGUUCAAAUCUAAAGCCACCUCCCCGAACGAACCGUCCCCACCGCCCGGCCAAUCCGAACAGGACUGCAGCGGGAUGCACAUCACGCUGAACCCCUCGUCACGGGCCACCAGUCCCAGCGCGAUGCUGGGAAAAGCGAGCGCCACCCCGUCACCGACACCCUCCGCAACGCACCCGCUCGGCCACCCCAAUCCGCUCAAAAGCAUCAACAACAACAACAGCAGCAGCAGCAACAACAAGGCCAACAGUAAACCGUGCGGCAAGGGCGGGGGCAAUGCCGGUGACGGGGGCGGCUCCAAGGGAGCGAAAAAGCGCAAAAGCUCGGACGAGGAAAGCGACAUCAUCGGCGAACUGAUCGGGGACUAUGGCAAGUGGCAGUUCGUGAUGACGUUUCUGCUCUCCCUGUUCCAGGUGCCGAACACGUUCCACAUCUACUCGCCAACGUUUCAGGCAGCAGAUAAAAGCUUCUGGUGCCGACGGCCGACACAUCUAGACGACGUCCCCAUCGACCGGUGGCGGAACGUGUCGAGUUCGGUGGAAAAUUGCAGGAUGCUGAAUUACGACUGGAAUGCGCUAACGAGCGCCCAGCUGUCGAUGAGCAAUUUUUCACUGCCAAAGAACGUUACCGACACGGUUGCAUGCAGCGCCUGGGAGUUUGAUGUGCACGACAACCUCGGCAACACCUGGUCCUCGGAGUGGAAUCUCGUCUGCGACAAGGAGUACCUGAAAAAUGUGGCCGAGAUGUUUUUCCUCGCCGGGGUUGCAACUGGCGGCAUCACGUCCGGCGUGCUUUCGGACAAGUUUGGCCGCAAAAUGAUGCUCUUCAUCUCUGCCGUCCUGCAGUCGAUAUUUGGAUUAGCCCUCUACUUUGCCGAUUCGUUCGAGUUUUAUCUGGUGCUGCGUGCGCUACUGGGCAUUGUGUCGGUGUCGGUGACAUACGCUGGGCUCAUUCUGGCGAUCGAGUACGUGGACGGCAAGUGGCGAACGAUCGCCGGCAUGUACAAUCUGUUCCCGCUGCCCGUGUCGUACAUCAUGAUCUCCGGCAUUGCGUACCUCACGCAGGACUAUCGAAAUCUGCAGCUGUGCAUCGGGCUGCCGGGUGUGUUUCUGUGCCUAUUAUGGUUCGUCCUGCCGGAAUCGCCCCGCUGGCUGCUGUGCAAAGGUCGCAUUACCGAGGUGAAGGAAGUCAUCCGCAAGGCGGCCGCGUUCAACAAGCGCCCGCUACCGGACAAUUUGGACAAGCUGCUGAAGCCCCCGGUGGACGAGGAGGAAACGGCGGCCGGUGUUUGCGAGCUGUUCCGAUCAAAGUAUCUUCGCCUGGUGACCUUUUGCUUCCUGUGCAUCUGGUUCACGAUGAAUCUCGUCUACUAUGGAUUGGUACUGAACAUGAACAGCUUCGGCGGCAACAUUUAUCUCAACUCGGCACUGGCUGGUUUGGUGGAGAUUCCCGCCAUCGCACUGGCCAUGUACAUCAUCAAUCGAACCGGCAAAAAGUGGCUAUUCUGUGCGACGUUCUUUGCAGCCGCACUUGCUUGCCUGUGUGCCGCCAUCGUCGAGGGUAAACCGGAGUUGUUGGCGAUGAAAAUCACGUUCGUGAUGAUCGGUAAAUUCACCAUCAGCGCCGGUAACACCAUUAUGCCGGUGUACACGGCUGAACUGUACCCGACCGCAAUCCGUAACGUCGGUGUCGGGGCCUGUAACCUAGCGGCUGGUUUUGCGCUCGUCCUGACACCAUACUUAUCGUUGCUGACAAAAAUCGAAGUCCAUCUGUUGAUGACGCUACUAACGGCCUGGUGUAUUUUUGGCGCAAUUGUGAUCAUUUUCCUGCCGGAAGCAAUGCAGCACCACGAGCACGAGGAGCAUGAUGAGGAUAAAGAAAUCGAUACGCAGGUACCAGCUUAAGCGAAACCGUGCGACUCAUACUCCCUAAUCAAUCCUUCUGCCGAGGCAAGGCCUGGUUGGUAUAGUGCGUGGUUGCGAGCCCCCUCUCAGCUGGACCCACUGUUACGCGACGGCUAACACACCACCACCACAGUGGAGCUGGAGUGAUGUAUCAUCCGACCGACAUGAUCAACGAUCAAUCAACUGCAACUGCCAUAUCUACUCCCUAAUCGAGUUUUGUAGUACACGAAGCGCACCGAACUCUAACCUCAAUCCUGUACCGAACACUUUCGCCAAAGAGCGAUCACUGGUCGUGGCUUUGGUUGUUUUUUUUUUAAAUAUCUAAAAUGGUCAAUUUUAUGAGACAGUUUUGAAAAGGGGUUCAAUGUUCGUCAAAGCACCGCUGUAACGGUACAGUGUGUGUACCUGUAAUGCCAACCUUUCCAAGCGUCCUCCGGAGGAGGGUUUGUUCCAACAGCCCGCCUAACUAGCUGUGGUAGCAUUUAGUAUGAUUUUACUUCUGAGCCAAGAUGAUGACCUAAACCAAGCAAGAAUUAAGUAUAAUGGAACAGAUUUAUUCAAUAGGAAGCAAACAUUUCGAUACGUCGCGGGUCCCGUCGUGGUGGGCACUGGCUGGCUGGUUCCAGGAAAGGCCCCGACGCCCCCCCGUAGCGAAUGUCGUUGUGACCGGUUCACAAAGCAAAGCACUCAGCUCAUUUACACACACAGUAAACAAUAGUUAUAGUCAGCAGCAGCAGCAGCAGCCAGCAAUAGUGUUGGGACUGAUCCAACAGUUUUAAGAGAUUUUUGUACAACAUUCACUAAGCCACAUGCAUUAUUGGGCCGAUCUUCGAACUUUGAUAGAUUGAUAGGGUUCGGGUGUUAGACGAUUCCUACACGUGCGUUACCCUUUACUCAUCGUUACGUCCUCGGGUGGGACGGUAAAUUGUGUAGUAGCAUUUGCCCUGAGCGGCAUCACACAUUUGUAAAGCAGCAUCCAAUAUUUACAUAAUCUUAUGCCAAUCAUUGUUGGAAGAAUGCAAAACACAAAAAAGAGAAUUAGCAACGCUUUAGGUGUAUUUUAGAGCGCCAAAAUGGUGUAUCGAUAUAUCAAACUGGAAACGAUGGAGGAAGGGAAACACUAAUUUAAGUACCGGAAGUAAAGGAAUACUAACCAUUCAAAGGCUCUCUUAUAUACACGCACGCAUUCUCUCUCUCUGUAAAAUAUCUACAACAGUAGUGGAGUAUGAGAUAUCCCACAAAAGAAUCACGACAGACAGGAUCAGUUCAGCAGUAGUUUAGCUCUCCUGAAAGCUCACCAGAUCUGCAGGCCUAGCACCGCUGUUUCCGUAACCUUCAAGCUGAAAGAUUGUUCGUCUAUGUUAGCCGUACUUAAACGUAAUUAAUGUGUCAUAUAUUCUCAUGUGUCAAGGUAGAGUCCUGUUUAUGGACGACGAUCAACCCAAAUGGCGAAGCAAAACGAGGGCAAGCACUGGCAGGCAGUAGUUUGAAAGCUCCCGCACAUAAUAAAGGAAACUCGUGUAAAUAGUUCAAUGCGAGAAUGUUGAGCAAAUUGUAGCAGAAGUUUAGGUCGGGUUGAAAUAAGGUUUGUGUUAGGAAGAUCGGGUCGGCGGAGUUUGAAUGAGAUUUAAUAUAUUUCGAUAAAAAGUGAGGGCAAAUAAUACUAAGCUAGCGCACAGAAACCAUGUAAGAUGUAAGCAGGUAAUCUUCUUUACAUCUUGUGGUUGUUGUAGAGUAGAUGUUUAGUUAACUGUGGGUAAGGGAUGCGUUACAGUAAUACCAUCCGCAUCGGUGCAGCGCAGUGUUGCAACGGGCAGCAGUUCUGUCUAUUGUUAUUGUUGAAGCCGUGUGUGAGUGUAAAAGCUUUCUAUUUAUUUAUUUGCUCGUAUUCGUACUUAAGCAAGAAAGUUUCGCUUCCACUGGAAAGUAAGGCCCGUCGCCCUCGUGUGACUUAUCUCCGUUAGUGCAUCAGUUUGCCGGCAUCGUGUAAUUUGGUUUACUAGCAGUUGUAAAGAUACUAUACUAAAAGGAGAUAUAAUAGAGCAUUUAAAUGUCCACGACACGGCAGUCUGUGUGCCAGUGUCCUGAGGCUGAGUAUUAAAGCAAGCAAGCAAGCAGUCAAACAAAUAUAUACACAAAUAACCAGCAACAGCUGCAGUGCAAAUCAAGAACAAUAGUGAAAACGGAACAGAUAAAUACUACUACUACGCGUGUUAGGUGCUAGUGUAAGUGAUUGUGGUUGAAUCAUCAUUGUAAAUAUCCUUUCCAACAAAGAAGCUACGAGCAGUGGUAGUACUAGGUGGCGAGCUAGAGGCGUGCGCGAAAGGAUGAUACAGUGAGCGCGAGUAACCAUUAUCGAAGUAAAUGAGUGUCGAACCUCGUCGUUAACCGCUCCGCAGGCGAGUGUGUGAGUAGUUCCAAACACGCUAGAGAUAAUAAAUGUGGUACAAUUACCGUA